CAGUUCCUUGUUGGUGACUAAAAAGUGGCAUUGUUCAUAAUCGGCAUUUAAAUAUAUUUCUUUCUGAAGACUUACUGGAGAUGAUCCGAAUGAGUGUACUCGGGGUUCUCUGCUGGGUUCAUGCAGCUGCUGCAGGAACUCAUUCACUGCUUUCUUUUGGAGUGGCGACGUCAGAAGGGACUGAACUUUCAGAGCACAUAGCUGUGGGAAUGGUGGAUGAUGUGCAAUACUCGUACUUUAACAGCACCGUGGGAAAACCUAUCCCCAUGUUUGACUGGAUGACUACAACUAUGGGUCGUGAGUUCUGGGACAGACGUUCUUGGCAUAUUCUCCUUGGUCAUGAUAUCAUGAAAUGGAGAGUGAGAAAUAUAGUCCAGCACUUUAACCAUACUGGGGUUCACACUUACCAGCACAUCAGUCGCUGUGAGCUGGAUGACGAUGGGACCAGUCGGGCAUAUGUGAAUCAAGCAUAUGAUGGGAAGGAUUUUGUUAGUCUUGAUGUAGAGACCAUGACCUGGGUUGCUCCUGUGCCGCAGGCUGUCUUAUAUAAACGCAAGCAGGAAGCUGACACAGCUAUGCAACAUAUCUUUUUUCAGUAUUAUCGAGAGAAGUGUUUUGAGUUGCUGAACUUGUUCCUCAAGUAUGGGAAUGAGACCCUGCAGAGGAAAGUUCGCCCUGAAGUGAUGCUGAUACCAAGGAAAGCUCGUAACUCUCCAGGAACGGACGUCAUUUGCCACGUGACAGGGUUCUACCCCCGAGAGGUUGAGGUGAACUGGGUCAGAGAUGGAGAGCAUCUGCUGGAUGAGGGGGUGUGGAGCGGGGAGGUGCUUCCCAAUGGGGACAGAACCUACCAGCUGAGAAAGAUCCUGACAGUGAGUCCUGAGGAGCAGAAGAAACACAGCUACUCCUGCCAGGUGGACCACGCCAGUCUGGAUGAGAAGAUGAUUGUGAAAUGGGUUCCAGAGGCUGCUCUCAACAUGGGGUUUGUUGCUGGUGGUGUGCUGGCUGCUCUGGGUCUGAUCAUCGCAGUGAUCAUAGGAGUUCACAUCUGGAAGAAAAGAGCAUCAGGUGCCAGGAGGCCUGACUACACACCAGCGCAGACAAAGGAACAAAGUGAUGCAUCAUUCAACUGCACCAACAAUGACUCAGGAAUCCAGUGCUCCCAAUCCACUGCGCCGCUUCCCGAUGAGGAUGUUCAGAAAGCCACAGCCGCUGUCUCCAUGUCCUCCCUAGCAGGGUCAGCUGAGGAAGCACGAGGGUUUGACUGAAGUUCAGCCGACAAAGUCGUAGAUGGGUGUGACACCAUUGACACAGAAAUGAAUAAAUGACUCAGCUGAGGCUUCAUCUUUUACACUUCAUUAUACCUAAUAUUGCCACACAGAGCGAUCGGACAAACCGAUAAGCAAGGACGCUGUGUUGCAGUCAUCUGUGUCAAAUUAAGAAUUUGUAGUCAUUUGUAGAAUUCCUUUAUCUAAUUGAUUUUUAUUUUACUGGAGUAUAACUAAUGGUUACUUUGCAACCAUGGGUUUGAGAUGUACAGAAGAUGUGAUCUUUUCAGUGUACCUGUAAUAUUUUUGUAAAUAAAUAUUUCAAAAGCA